AUGCUUCAAUAUGGUUACAAUAUUCAAACAAUCAAUAUUGUUGUUUGGUUUUGUAAAAUUCGCUAUUAUUUUUUCUAUGUUUUUGUUGGUAUACCACGUUAUUUUAUUAUUUUGGCAUCGAUUGAUCGUUAUUUGGCUAGUUCUUCUGAUAUGCACUGGCGUCGAUGGAGUACACCUAAAAUUGCAAUACGAUUGAUUAUUGGCAAUGUUUUAUUUUGGUGUAUAAUAUACAUUCACAUUCCAAUUUUCUAUGAAAUUCAAAAUGGUGAUUGCUCAUUUAGAAAAGGUAUUUAUAGCAUAUUCUUUUGUAUCUAUUUAUUGAUUGAAAGUGGAAUAAUUCCACCAUUGAUGAUGCUUAUUUUUGGACUUCUUACACUCAAUAAUAUUCGACGAAGCAAGAGAAAUAUAAGACCAAUACAAGUAGUUGAUGUUACUGCAUCGUUACAAUUUAAUAGAAUAUCAAAAAAAGAUUUACAACUUUCUAAAAUGUUAUUUAAUCAAAUAUGUCUUUGGAUUAUUUUGAACAUGCUCAAUCCUUGUUAUCUUCUCUAUAGAACAAUGACAAUCAAUGAUACGAAGUCAUCUGUUCGUUUAGCAGUAGAAUUAUUUAUCAAUAAUAUGAGUUAUUCAUCGAUUUAUCUUGAAUUUUCUUUAACAUUUUUUAUUUAUACUUUAUCAUCACCGUUAUUCAGACGUGAAUUGAAGAAGCUAAUGUGCAACAAAUUAUUACAUUGUUUGCCAUUAAAUAUGAUCUGUAGAAAUACUGCAUAG